UUGGAAAGCUGAAGAUUGCCACGCAAAAAGAACGUCCUCUUGAGAUUGGCACACACCUCAAACGUCCCUCUCCCCCUCACCUUUCCCACACUUGAAUCCAAGUAAUACACGAGCGCCCUCUCAAAUCCCCCCACCAUCUUCCUCGUCAAACCUUUUACUGCCUUUACUUUCCUUUUAACAGAGCCCCAUCUGUAAGCAAGCGCUUCCAUGUUCUUGAUUUUGGGGACGGGGGGCCUUCCAAAUCUUCCAAUUCCCUCCAUUUAGCCAUCUGGGUCUCGCUUAUUUGGGGUCAAAUACGUCCUGAUAUGCCAUUUUGACUUGUUUUGGGCGAUCUUGACAUCUGGACUGUUCUUCAUGACGGUUGUUGGGCGAGUGGACCAGGCGAGUUGAGGAAGACAUGAGAAGAAAGUGGCAAGCGGGAUGCCAGGUUUUGCUUCAGAGAUAUCCAUUUGUAGCUAACUAAACUGUGCUUAAAACCCCUAUUAAGAAGGCAAACAGUUACUUGUAACCUUCAGUAAGUAUUAAGGACAACCUCAAAGUAUAUGCCAUGACUGAUGUCAGUCCAAGGACUGAUAUCUCUACCGACGUCGACACAGAUGACAAAAACCAGAGGCUCGAUAUGGUUCAGUGGAACACGGUGGCUUCUGAUUCGAGUGAUAGAACGAAAGAUAAGUCCGAUCAGAAGACUCUACGUAGGCUCGCGCAGAAUCGUGAAGCUGCCCGAAAAAGCCGACUGCGAAAAAAAGCAUAUGUCCAACAGCUAGAGAGCAGUCGUUUGAAGUUGACACAACUAGAGCAGGAGCUUCAGCGAGCACGGCAGCAGGGAGUGUUCAUAUCAAGCUCAGGAGAUCAGGCCCAUUCGAUUACUGGAAAUGGGGCCAUGGCAUUUGAUGUGGAAUAUGCCCGUUGGUUGGAAGAACAAAACAAGCAGAUCAAUGAACUAAGAGCAGCAGUAAACUCUCAUGCAAGUGAUACUGAACUCCGAAUGAUUGUCGAUGGCGUCUUGGCUCAUUACGAUGAGGUUUUUCGGCUCAAGGGCAUCGCUGCAAAGGCUGAUGUUUUCCAUUUAUUGUCUGGCAUGUGGAAAACUCCUGCUGAAAGAUGUUUUUUGUGGCUUGGUGGUUUCCGUUCAUCGGAGCUCCUAAAGCUUCUUGUCAAUCAAUUAGAGCCCCUCACAGAACAGCAGUUCAUGGGCAUAUCCAACUUGCAGCAGUCUUCACAACAGACUGAAGAUGCAUUAUCACAAGGCAUGGAAGCAUUGCAACAGUCGUUGGCCGAGACGUUGUCUAGCGGAUCUCUUGGCUCCUCGAACACAUCUGGCAAUGUGGCAAACUAUAUGGGUCAAAUGGCCACAGCCAUGGGCAAAUUUGGGACUCUUGAGGGGUUUAUUCGCCAGGCUGACAAUCUACGGCAACAAACACUGCAACAAAUGCAUCGGAUAUUGACAACUCGUCAGUCGGCUCGUGCACUUCUUGGCAUUCAUGAUUACUUCUCCAGACUACGAGCCCUUAGUUCACUGUGGCUUGCUCGCCCAAAAGAGUGAAUAGCUUAUUGCUUUCUCCUCAAUUAUAUUGACAACGCUUUAGUUUUCAAUUUUUAUGUGUGUGUCAGAUUAUAUGGUAUCAGUCUUGUGAUGAUCUAGAGAGGCUACACUCUGUAUAUAUCUGUAUGUUGUUUACGGCAAGUCCAUUUUUUUGGAUACAAAACAAUUCUAUUCCUAGAUAUAUGCAACCUUUAUGUAUUUGAUUUGUAGAUUCAUAAUGGUCAAGACAUAAACCUGUGCCUUGUAAACUCAUGCUCAAACAUGAACUUAGGCUUCUCAA